AUCCGAUGUCUAGUGUAUAAUGGUUGUUUUUCUAUUGUGGCAUACUCUGUCGGUGAGUUUGGUCAACAAUUCAUCUUUCUGUUCAUUUGCAAUCACGUUCUCAAGGGCUACAAACAAAAGUUGAGGAACUACGUUGAAUCCCCUCCCCUCCCGCUGUCCCUUCCCCUAUGUGUUUUUCGCUAACGGGCAUGUUACGCUGAAGCUGUUCACUCGUGAUCGUGGAGCCUCUUAACUAGGCAGUGGCGUGCCCUGGCUGGUGUGCGGGAUCAGGUCUCGCCAAGGGGUUUAGCCCAUCGCCUCCGGAGCUUACAGCACGCAGCAAAGGCGGCCGGGAGCGGGAGGGAGUGCUGUGCCGCGAGUGUCGCGCAGUGUCGUGCAUCUACAGCCAAGCCUUACGGGUGGCAGCGCCGAAGCGACGCGUGCGUUCAGCGGUAAGUGGUGCGGCGAGGCCAGGCAAUCAAGCGAACGCCAGGGUGCCUGCAUCGUCGGGGCCUAACCACGUCAUUCAGCCAGCGACAUUGGUACAGAGGCGGCGCUACAAAACCGGGGAAAGCUCGCAAUUGAUUUCAGUCCCCCCUACCUCACGUUUUCCCCCUACCACCCAACUCCAACCAAGCUGCAACCGCCGAGUGUGUUUCAGGCGCCGGCGCAGCCUGGAAGACUAGCAGCACGGGAGACACGACACCAGCGCGUAUCGAGAGGCCAUACGUUUACGGGGUAGGCUGCAGGCGGGUGACACUACAGCAGUGUGUGACUGUGGUGCUGGCUUAAACAGAGCGGAACGGGGGAGAGAAGAAUUAAAUCGAGGCACGCCUGUUGAUACUGUAGGUGUCAAAAAGUGCACGGCGCAGUUGAGACCAGCCCUGACAUUUUUGAACCACAUGUGCGCUGUGAGUUGUUGUGAAUGGGAGAGAAGCGUGGAAAGAUUUUCUCUCAGAUUGUCGCGUCGAGUGAAGUUCCUGCAACACCACCACCGUGGAAUAUCUGCCUGUGGGUGUGAUAUGGCCGAAAAUUAUUGUUUGUGGGAGGCCGAGACGCCUCCGGUGGCUCCGUCAGUGCGGUCUCUGACGCCAAAUUAAGCGUCACACGUCUAAGCCGAGUAUCGAUCUUUAAAGUUUCCCUCGCUUUUAUUUCUCUCUCUCUUUUUUUUUGUCGGCUUUCGUGAACACGUUCCUUCACCUUACUUCACGCAGCCACCAGCACGUAAGACUGGACUCCUCACCCACAAGCUCGUGCCUCCCACCCCUCCUCUCACCCUCUCAAGAUUUCCUUCCCGAGCGAGGCGCGCGUCUCCUGUCGCUAAAAACUGGAACCGCCAGUCGCUGUAGUUGACAGUUUCGGCACCACGCUCCUGCCGACGUGUCGGAGACUGACCCUGACCCAUGUUCAGCAAGAAGUUCUGGAGCGAUGACUACUCGCCGGGUCAUCUGUUUACACUGUGCUGUGGCUUCUUCACGCGCUCCGAGCCGCAGGACUCGAGGACGACGGCGGCUUCGGACGCUGGUGGUGGUGCGGCCAAGAAAGCGGUUUCGGACAGUGGCACCUACGAGCAGAUUGCAGGCACCGAUCCCCUCGCCAAGGCCAAGUCGCCGGAUUCGACGUAUGGCACGACAGAACAUAUGGACACACCACCAGCGAAUGGUGCAGCGUUCCAGUAUGAAGAGGACAGCGACUCAUCAAACGACAGUGACGACGAAGUGCUCAAACGUUACCAAGGCCUGCGGUCGAGUGGCAGCGUCAGUGCCAAGAGCAGGCACAGCAAGAAGGGAAGUGUAGCGGGGAGGAGUAAGGGCAGCGCCAGACCCUCCCUUGGCACUGGACCAGAGGCGGUUCGUGCCUCGGACGCUGAGUGGAGUCAAGUGAGCAGAAAGACCAGGUCUGAGGAGGACGAACAGCAUCAGGACGACAUACCCAGCUAUGAAGCGGAGCGCCCUCUGGUGAGUCCGUCAGUCGUUGGUGAGGUCGCCGUGCCGAUAGACCACGUGUCGGAAGCUGCAGCGUCUGCCGGAGCGAGCGGCAGUGACGAGCGGCUGACCAUGACGUUCGACAACGAGGCGUUCGCUGGCACAGAGGCCGCGUUUCGUGCGCCUACGUCCGGAAGCGAGCGCCACCAGUCCACAGAGAUGCUGUCAAAUGACGAGCAUCUGUUCGACGUCAGUGACCUGCAACACGAGCCGCCGCUCAUCUCCAAGUGCGGCAGCCUAGAGGCCACCUUCAACUACGACUCCACUCGCAACAAAAUCACAGUCACCGUUCACCGAGCCCGCGAGAUUCCCGCCAGAGACCGCGGUGGCUUCAGUAGCACGCAGGUGCAUCUCAUGCUGCUACCUACAAAGAAACAGCGCUACAAAACAAAAGCGAAGCAAGGUCAAGAUCCGGUCUUUGAAGAGACCUUCACCUUCUCCAAGAUUUCCCCAGAGGAGCUGCCAGGGAUGGGGCUGCGGUUCCGCCUGUAUGGCCUGGAGCGCAUGCGGCGAGAGCAGAUGAUCGGCGAGAGCGUCGUGGGCUUCGCCUCCCUGAGACUGCACGAACCCGUCACACACUGGGUCACCCUGGAGCCCCGCACCAACCUGAGUCAUGCGGACUCUGGAUUUGACGUGUCCAGUCUUUCGCGCAGCGACUCGGCCUCGUCCACACAGUCGCUACAGCAUGGUGGGAUGCCAGAGCUUCUGCUCGGACUAGCCUACAGCGCCACCACCGGGCGACUAUCCGUCCACGUCAUCAAGGGCAGCAACUUCCGCAAUAUGGCCAUGAACCGGGCACCAGACACCUACGUCAAGGUGACACUCAUGUCUCCGACUGGACAGGAGCUGCAGCGUUGCAAGACGUCGACGAGGCGAGGCCAGCCCAACCCAUUGUUCAAGGAAACAUUCAUGCUGCAGGUGGCGCUGUUUCAGUUGCCUGACGUCACACUCAUGGUCUCGGUGUACAACAAGAAGAGUAUGAAGAAGAAAGAGAUGAUCGGCUGGUUCUCUCUUGGUGCAAGUAGCAGUGGCGAAGAGGAAGCAGCUCACUGGACAGACAUGCGGGAGAGCAAGGGCGAGGAGGUGUGCCGCUGGCACGUGCUGCUGGAGUCCUAGUGGGUUGGCCACUUGUCAUCCUGCUGUCGUAGGCCGUCUGGGCCCAGCUGCAACGGGACAACACCAGGUGUGAGCUGGAAGGCUGACGCUAGUCAGCUAAGCUGCUUGAGCCUUGCUGUGCCCCUGGCUUCUGGACACGUGAUGGUAUAAUAUAUUACUGAUAACAGAAAUAGUUGCUGGGACACCAAUACUUACAGACUUGUUCCUAGUCUCAUUCGACUGCUUUAAUUAACUGCGACUGGUGUGUGUGCAGCUGCACACAAAAUGGCAUCGCACUGUGUUCCCGCAUAAUGGUGUGCUGAAGGUUAUUUAGGAAUGAAAGAAUUAAAGUGAUGUAGACCUUAUUCCCUUAAAUUUCUAAAUAUACAAAGAUUAUUAAUACUGGCAUAAGCUUAGGUAAGAGAAAUGGCCCAUUGUAUUUUAUUAUUAUCUGCAGUAGUGAAAGAAGCAUAUGGCAGUUUCUCAUUUAAACUUUUGCUAUUUUCAUUGUUUUAUGUGUUGAAAAAUUUCCUAGUAGGUCCAAACUGGGACAGUAAAUCAGUUUUUCAAAGGAGCAGUAUUACAUGGCCUUGAUUAUUUUUCUAAAAAUUUCAUUAAAAUUAGACAAGUAGAAAAUGAGUGAGGGGAAAAAAGUAGCAAUUUUGACCAAGGAGAAAAAUGUGGAGACAAAAAUCUUCCUUGUAGAUUGUACUAGAAACAAAAACUGCUUCUGGGUUCGUACAUUACAUAAUUAUUGUACAAAGCCUUUGCUGGGACCAAGAUGUCUUUAUGCCUGCCGUUUGUAUAUAAAGAUACAUUAACAGUAUAUCUUGCACGCUGUGGUUUAACAUAACUCCGUGGUGAUAUUUAUGGUUUAAUGUGCUGUUGCAUUCUUUAAAUAUCUUUUUAAAGUCUGUUUCAUAAGAAGUCAGUUUUUAUCAAACAAAUGCAUUGAAUUUAUCCCCCUAUACAGAAAAAGUAGAUAUUAAUGUAAAGUGUGUGUGUAUAUAUAUAGAGUAAAUAAAACUGUACAAUUUAUUUUUUGUUUGCCUUGUGUAAUGUCAGAUUACUUACACAAUGGUUUGGAUCUGAUCUGUUUUACAGAAAGUCUAAAUUUCUUAAAGUUGCCUUUAUACACCUGCAUGUACAGUGUGGUUAACAUGUGCUUAUUGUGUUCUUCACCACAACUAGACAACAUGUGGCUUCUGUUCUGUCCUUAGUUUCAGCAAAGUCAUUGAGUGCGUGCAAUUUUGUGGUGGUUAAUGUAUUAUUAUCUCUACCAACCAAACAAUUGUUGUUAUGUCUUUUACCCUGAAGUAUGUAUGCUUGCUUUCUCUGCAUACUUGUUCUCUUUUGCAUCUUUGUGUGCGCCCAUACUUGUGCCUGAUAUUGUCCAAUCACAUAAAGUCCUGAUAUCUGGACAUUUCCACAGUGACUUUCUUCCCCUAUUUCAUCAGCUGUUUCUUGAUAAGUCAUCAUCAAGUUGUAUUCUGUAUUUGAUAAAUAUGUGAUAUUGUUGAAACUAUUUUAAAAGUGUAUUAGUGUUGUUGAAACCUGUUGAUAACUAUAAUGAACUGCCGAGCUUGCAGAUCAAAGUGACUUUCUUUCAGCGAAUGAAAUAAUAUUCCAUAUGUUAUUUUUUUUAAUCUGUUGAGUUUAAGUAAUUUUGUGAUUUUGAUUGUAAUUGUCUUAUUUUUACAGCACAUUUUAUCUGUUUUGGAAAAACUUAACCAUCUUAAUUUAGAUAAACCUACAGCAGCAGAAUACAUGUACAAUAUAUAUAUAUCCUGAGCAGACAACUCCAUUUUUUUCAUGUUAUGUCCUCUUGACUUCAUUUUACUUAUUUGACAUAGGCCAGUUACAUUGACAGAGAAUGGUAGUUGUAGAAACAUAAAGAUUCAACCUCAGAUCAUUUGUUCACACAUGAAAAUGUGCUGCUGUCUUAAAUAUGUUCUUUAAUAUAAAACCAUUGCAGGUUCUUUGCAACGACAUUUUGGGAACAAAAUUUGUUUAUAGAUUUCAUAUUAUUUCCCAUUUGCUUCACGUGAUAACAAAUGUAUUAAAGCAGGCAUAGUUGUAAGAAUAGCCAGAAACAUUUGAAUGAAUUGUUAUAAUAAAUCAUUACCUUUUUUUUCACCAGAAAUGUAUGUUGAGAAUUGUUUUAGGUCUCCUUUCCCCAUCCCAUUUAAUUUUUUUAGUAAUGUAUUAUUUCAGCGACAGCAUUAGUUCAAUCCUAGCAUAUACCUAGGAUUCAACAGCAAAAAGUAAAUUUUAAAAAUCUCAGAAGAACUAUGGAUAUAUUUAUAAAGCUCUUUUAGAAGUGAAAGGACUUACAUUCUCCUACCUAAAUUGUCUCUGAUUUGUAACUGUCAUUUGAUUUAGAAACAGCAUCCCAAUGUUUGAUGCCACUGAUGAUUCGUUCCAGCAGAAAAUGUACUACAAUGGUCACAAAUAGCCUUGUUAGAAUGACGAUCAUCCAUGAUCAAUAAAGUGUUAACAUAUGGUACUCAAACUGUACUUUGAAAAAGUGCACACAUUUAUAUCCAGAUAAUUCUCUUAGUGAUUGAAGUAAAAUAAAUGCUAGUGGUUUCAUUGUUCCUGUCCCAACAUUUUAUAUAUUUAGUUCAAUCAAACACUCCACUGAUGAUAAAAAAAAACCCAGACUGUUGCUGAAACUAGACCAGAAAAUCUGACAUAUGUUCCAACCUUCUAUUCCAAGAAAAAUGUUUUUCUGUUCCUGGUAAAUUGUAGCAGUAUCAUUACACAAACUGUUCAUUAUAUAUGUAAUGUCCAUUCUGCUGUUUCUGUUAGUUAUUUAUAAAAAGAUUAUGCUGUUUCUUAUAAAGAUGUACUGUUCUGAGGUCACAAUGAAAUUUGACAACAUUGUGAAGAGACUUUAAAAGAAUCCCCACAAAGAGGAAAUAUGAUGGUGCUGUGAACACUUUUACUGUUGGAAGCAUGGAGUGCAGAUGUUAUAUGUCAGAGAAGUGACAUAUUUCUACUGUGCUGUUAUUGAAAAUGUAAUAAUGCGUACAUGUACUAUGGAACCAUGUGCUCUGCAUGCUGCCACUAAACCUUCAUGUGACCUGUGUGCCACACAAAAAUCAUUAUCGACAUUCCAUAAUCGUAUAGUACUUUAAAUAAAAGUUUCUCACUUUACAUUUACUAAUUAAUAAACAUUUUAACUCUA